UCGAAGCAGUUGGUUUAAAGGCGACCGAGAAAAUGUUUAUAUCAGUGAUGUUUAUGAUUAUUUUCGUCGGAACUGUUAUUUGGCACUUUGCUUAACUUUCGUCGCUGCCAGUGUCAAAUUUAUAUGAAAAAUUUAUAACGAAAGGAAUCGGACAGUGGUGCAAGGAUUGGUUGAGAAACGCAGUAAAAGUCCGUGGAAAAAAAAAUCUGGUACUACAUUAGACAGAUACCAAUAAAGGCAGCGCCAUUAAAUACAAAUUUAGGACGUAGAAGAAAACAAAAUCACGGAACCAGUUAAUGAACUUAGUUUACGACGCCCGAUAGACACCGGACUUUGAUUGUGAAAAAGUGCGGAAACUUUCAAAUGAGCGAAAUUUUCCAUUCCUCCCAAGAAUGCUGUGAGUACGAAUAUGAGGACCAUUCUGUCGUUACAGCUUGUCGCUUUUCAGCUCGCUGCUGUUGCGACAGAAGGAGAUGUCGUCAGUGCGAUCAAAGACGAGGAAAGGAAAGUCGUUGUUGCAAAAUGCCCGUCUCUCACGUCUGGAGUAGACGACGAUGCCAACUCCUUUUGCGAAUGCUUGUCGACCCCCUUGCCUGCAAGUCGAGAAUCUGUCCAAAUUAAGUGCAGUUUCAACAACACUGAGGAUGUUCUGCUCAACGAAGCGCUGUAUCCAUUCCGUAACAUGAGUCUGGGCAGCGCCUACGUCAGGGUUGUGAACGCGACCAGAGUCAACGUGACCCAGGGCUUCCUGAGGGAGCUGAUGCAGUCGCCCUCCAUCGCUUUGGACAUCUGGGGAGCUGGUACCCUCGUGCUCGACUCCAUGCCCGACCCGGAAACCGACAAGUUCAAGAAAUUCAAGACCUUCGUUGGAGUGGGUAUUAGCGACUGUUAUGUGCCGGAAGUGCCCAAAUAUUUCCUUCGUAACAGGACGCGAGGUGGACUGAGGAUCAAGAAGAGUCGAGUUGGCAACUUUCGUUCAGGUGUUCUGCAUAACAUGGAAGAGAUGAGAUAUUUGGUUUUUGAGGAUUCAGUCAUACACUCCUUCGAAGGCCCAGUCGCUACAGAAGGAUUUGUCACCCUCAGCAAGAGACAACUCCACGCCUGGACAGGACUUGUUAUAUCGAAUACCACAAUUGAUGUCAUCGGCUCCGGCACUUUCAAUCUCACACAUAAGUCUGAUAUGGAAAUAGCAAAGGUGGUCAACAGCACAAUUGGCAGUUUGAACAAGGAGGCUAUAAUCCUAGCCGGUGAUAUAGAUGUGACAAUUCAGAAAAAUGUAUUCCAGCGAAUGGAGACAGAAGCAAUCAAGGUUGCAGUGACUGGAGACGUCAUAUUCGACAAGAACGAAAUCGCCAACUGGGAGCCCGGCGCCCUCUCGGGUCUGAUCUGCCACAAAAGGACGACGCUGGAGGAGAACACGUUCCGAGUCCAUGAUCCGACGGACAUUGCUAUGAACAUAUCAACAACUCCUUUCCACGCCUCCUGCGGCAAUCCCCAGCUGUUUUUAGUCAUCAAGCCCCUGCAACCUCUGGCCCUCCAAAUCGACUCGACGUCUUCGUGGAUUCUCGGAGUGCUCCUGCUACUGAUCGUUGUAGGAGUGGUCAUGGCUGGUGUCAUUCUCCACCAGCGCCAGAACCUGGCGUUGCAUUACUACAGGAACCGAGGGAGGCUGCCUCUGCCUGGCCUCAGGGAACGGAAGGUUUCGCAGGAGAACCUUCCAAACGGGGCCGAGAUCGACCCUUCUUGUGAAGUCACAGAAGAAGGCGGAGAAGGAGAGGGAGGAGGAAGAGAUGGAGGAGUAUCGAAUCCCAUAUAUGUUGAUGUUAACGAGAGGAGCUAGACAAAUUUAAUUUGUCUGGCUUUAGUAGGCAGCCUGCUCUGUAGGAUCUAGCAGGUAUUAGUCCCUUUUUUUUAUUAAUAUAACAAAUGUCUUUCUGUUCAUUUAUGAUCAAAUGUUCGUUUGAUCGACUGGGAAAUAGUGAUUUUUCUUAUUUGCUUUAUACUUAAUUAAAAACACUUUAUUGUACAUUAGUGAAUAAAUGUUCAUUUACGUUCAAACUUUCUUUUGAUCGACUGAGAAAUAGUGAUUUUUUAUUUGCUUUAUACUUAAUUAGUGAAUAAAAAUUAGAGCUUUUUUUCACAAAAGGAUAAAGUCAUCUUUUCUUUAAAGAAAUUAUAAUUUCCCAAGCAAUUACUGUGAUUGUGUAAAGGAAUGAAAGAAGAUUAAAGUCUUCCAACAACAGUGAUCCCACAAUUAUGUGUUUGUUAUUUUUUUUUCUUUAAAUUCCUAGUAACCUCAAAUCAAUCAUGAUGUCCAUCGGUUAGUCCCAUUUUUGUAUGCCAGAUACAGUUUAUGAUUGCCAGAAUAAAUUGUUCAUCAGUAUUA